GUGUUGGGGACAGGGUAUCAAGCGAGAUGGUGGAUGGUGGUUGGAAGAGCGUGCUUGUUUGAAAUGGAAAAGCGUCCUGAUAGCUUUUGAUGAAGAAGAACAUCAAGACGAAGCAGCUGCUUUAUAAAUUUGAUGCACUGUUGAGCUCUUACAUCCCGAGGGGUUCGUGCUGAUUGUACGGAGAUUGUGACAGCCGGUUAAAUGGCGUCAUUUGAGAAGGCAAGAACUAGAUGUAACGUUAUGUCAGAAUAAGUGCUGUAUUAACAUAAGGAGACAUAUAGUUAGAAUACGGAGGAGGAAUGGAGGGAAAAAGAGAGGCAGCGGUGAGCUUGAGUCGGUUAUAAAUAUGCGGAAAAAAGUAAGAUGGUGUGUUAAAGAAGAAUUUUAGAAAGUGUAACCAGAGUGAUCUGAAGACGGGGGGAGAAAUGGAAGUGAACGAGGGCGAAGUAACCGAGGUGUUGGGUGUGGUGAAGUUCUCGGAGCCCGAGGCUUGCACCGAGGGUCAGGAUAAAGAUGAGCCUGUGACAGUAGGAGUGAAGUUUUUGGGAAAAGUGGUUAUGUUUUAAUUGUAUGGGUGCCCAUGGGGCUGGGGAUCAGACACGUCCCGUGCGAGAGAGGCAGGUUGAGGUUUCCAGGGUUAGAGUUGUGCAGAAGUUGUCAUAUGCUGAGGCAGUGAAGAAAGUAGAGGAAGAUGUGUCAAGGGGGAGGGCUCCUGAGAGGAGUGGUAGAUCUGUACCAGUACAGAGGGAUAGGCCAACAAGUGAUAUAUGUAUUGCAGGGACUGAACGGUAAAGUCGCAGAAAAUGGAACGGGGAUGGAACGUAAGUCGCAGAAAAUUGAGGUUGUGGUGGCAGCUGCAGAGAUGUAUUUUGGCGGGUGAGACUUGACAUCAGAAGAGUUACAGUGGUGGUGUCCCAUCCUUUCAGGCUGUUGGCCUGAGGGAGGACUACAUAGAUUUAAAUAGUGGAAUAGGGUGGUUUUAUUUUUUUUAAUCAUUUUUGUGAGUGUAGUGUUAGAUGGUAGGGUAUUUGUUUAUUUAUUUUUUCAAGCAAAUUAUAAAGGAGUUGUACUCCAGUCUAGUAGGUGGCGGUAAUGCAACAUUUAUUGGAUGCCAUCCGCCGUUAAACUAUCGAAGAAGAAUUAUUUGUGUAGUCAACUUUUCUGUAGUUGGUGAUAGUUAUUUAACGUCGUUGCCUUGUGAAUAUUUACCAUUGUAGUUUGGCGUAGCUACAUUACAUAGCUUAUAAUGUACUGAACUGUUCAGCAAAAUAAUUACCCCAAGAGAAAGACGGCGUGGGUAUGAUCUGCAGGGCCAGUGAGAGGCUGUGGCGGCCCCCCCAGUAGCUCUCACCACGGCGGGGGACAUCAAGACCUCCGUCUGCAGGGUGGUCAUCUACCUUCAGAGGGACAUGUCCGGGGACAGCUGCCAGCUCCCCCUGCACCGGCUAUGCCUCCAGACCCAGGCCAUCUCCACUGGCUCCCAAGCCAUCAGACCUCCCUAUGAAGCCUCCCAGAUGGUGUGUCCCAAGUCCAAGACGUGCAGCUACAGAGCAGCGUUGGGCCUGGGUAACAAGUAUGUGCGUCUAAACGUAGGGGGGACCCUAUUCUACACCACGCUGCAGGUGCUCACCAGGCAGGACUCCAUGCUGAAGGCCAUGUUCAGUGGCAGGAAGGAGGUCUUCAUUGACAGAGAAGGCUGGAUCCUGAUAGAUCGUUGUGGGAAGCACUUUGGCUCCAUCCUGACGUACCUGCGGGAGGAAGCGGUCACCUUGCCCCCUGCCAGGCAGGGGGUUCUGGAGCUGCUGGCUGAGGCCAAGUAUUACCUGAUCCAGGGUCUGGUGGAGCUGUGCCAGGGAGGCCUGCAGGACCAGAAAGAGCUGUCUCUGUGUGUAAUCCCUGUGAUCACCUCUGCCAAGGAGGAGGUGAGACUGAUCCAGGCCUGCACCAAGCCUGUAGUAAAGCUGCUGUACAACCGAAGCAACAACAAGUACUCCUAUACAAGUAAUUCAGACGACAACCUGUUGAGGAACAUUGAGCUGUUUGACAAGCUGUCUCUGAGCUACAAUGGCCGUGUUCUCUUCAUCAAGGACGUGAUCGGUGACGAGAUCUGCUGCUGGUCGUUCUACGGACAGGGACGCAAACUGGCAGAGGUCUGCUGCACCUCCAUAGUCUACGCCACGGAGAAAAAACAGACCAAGGUAGAGUUCCCGGAGGCCAAGAUCUACGAGGAGACCCUGAACGCUCUGCUCUAUGAGACACUUCCUGUCCCUGACGACACCUUAUUGGAGGCCACACGCCGUCGCCACGCUCACUGCGGUUCCCACAGUGAGGAGGAGGAAGGCCCCACCCACUCGGGGGCGGACCUUAGGGAGCGCGUGCGCCGUAUCCACGUCAAGAGGUACAGCACCUACGACGACCGGCCGCUGGGACACUAAGCAUACGUCUCAAAUGGCGCACUAUGAAGUGUACUACCAAGUGUACUACUAAUCCUUCAACUCCUUGUCUCCUGGUCAGUCACAUCUCAAAGAGAGCCUUCUCCCAAAGAAUGGGUCCGAUGAUUCAUCAUACUUAUCAGCAACACCAAUUGCUUCUACUGCAAUCCUUGGUGAGAGUUAGUGUUGGCUUCCAAAUGGUGCCCUAUUUCCCCAUCCUAUGCCCAUAUGGCACUGGUCAAAAGUAGUGCAUUAUGUAGGGAAAAGGGUGCAAGAGAAAGGAAACUGGUUCCCCGCUGGCUCUUCACUCAUUCACAAACACCCACCGCUGAGGCACUGUUGUCGGUAGUCUCACAAAUAUGGCCUUGGGCACAAAAUGGCUGUCAUGCUGCAUCACCCUGGUGCCUGACAGACUUUUUGUCGAUGGACAACGGAUGAUUUUUAAAAACGUUGAGGUGCUUACGCUAUUUGUCCUUUUUUAAGUUUAUAUAGAACUCUCUUCUUCACAAUCAAUCAAAAUGACGAUCUUCAUGUUUAUACCUCAGUGUAGAAUGGAACCGGUAAGAUAUAUUUUCCCAUGUGAGCUUUUAUUCAGAUAAUUUUGUCUUUUAUUCAGAUAAUUUAGGCUUUUAUUCAGAUAAUUUAGGCUGCAUUCUAUUUUCUGUAUUGUGCACUACUUUUGACCAGGGUCCAAAUGUAGUGCACUACAGAAUACAGAAGUGUGGGUAAACACAGGCAACUAUAUUGAUAAAGUCACCUUGUCCGAGAGAGUUGCAUCACCAAAACGUCACGCCAGGGUAAGUCAACGUGAAACACAGCCCUUAUUUUAAGUGUUUCUAAAAAUCUAGGAGGGAAAAUAAAUGGUGGAACCAUUUCCCUGUUUGACCGCUAGGUUUUAUGGGUAUUGUGGGGAUCUAUAUAGGGAAUAGGGGUGCCAUUUGAGACAGUCCUAUACUGUCAUCACUUCAGCAGCCAAUCACAUAUCAGAUAGGUCUACAGACUACGAAUAGGUAGCCAUCGGACUGUUAGACACAGGUUCAUUUAUUAUACAGCUAUAGACCAUUUCUUUUGGCGUUGUGUGACAAGUUAUAGAUUCAAAAUCGGCUAUCAUAGCCCUAGUGCCUUCUGUGAAUAGACAGGGAACACGGUGAAUGUUUUUUUUUUUUUUGAGUAUAUAGUUUUGAGAUUUUCUCAUUUCACAUUUUGACAUAUAAUCAUGCCAAAGACUUACAAUGAAAUUAACACGAGGGACACAUUCAGCGACGUCUAUGAAUCGUUCAUCCUCGUUACCAGAUACUUCUGCCCAAUGCUUUGUGCAGUAGCCCCCGUGGGGGGACGAGGUUAAUGAAUGGCAGAUCGUGCUUAUUAACAAUUUUAAUCAAGUAUUCACUCAAGACAUUUCCUCUUAACACUUAAGAGCCUCUUGUGUUUUUAAUGCAGUUGAAUCUUUAUUCCUUUUUGUUUUUCACUUGGUUUUCCGUAAUAAAAACGUUUCAAAUAAUAAUACAACACAAAUAGCCCAGUCUUUGUGUCACAGUGUUAGGUUCUAAUUCUCAGAGUAAAUAAACUCUACGGACAUUAUGAAAGCUUAAACCAAGUUUAUUCUUCCCAGAGGAUCAAUACAGCUGCAUCAGACAAAACAUGUUUACACCAACACAAGCAUGUGUGUG